GCCCCUCCUCUCCUGCCCUACUUCCCUCCUCACAGCCCCCCUGCCCAGCCCCUGCCGCAGUCUGGUGUCUCGGCCGCGCCCAGACUGUUAGAGCCGCCCAGCGUAACAUGCAAAGCGCGGUUGCAAAAUGGACACUGAGGGCUCGGCGGGCACAGGCUGCGCUCCAAGCCCAUAAGCAAAAUGGCGGCGAUUUGGCUUCGCCUUGGUAACCCUGCCCCUGCCAGGCGGGGCCGGUGAGCCCCGUGCAGGGGGAGGGAGGGGAGAGCGGACGCCAUUUUCCCAGAGAGAGGCAGUGACAUAGAAGGGAGCGUAGGAGGCUGAAAGGAGGGAGACACGGGAGCAGCGGCGGCAGCGGGGUUUGUACACAGGUCCCAAGGCAAAGGCGCUUCCCAGCUGGUCCCCGUAGGGUUCUGUGCACUGAGCUAGGUUCGGGGGGAGGGGGGGUCUCCUCUUUCCUUUCUUUCCCUUUUCUUUCUUUUACUAGAGCCUGCUGAGGGUUCAGUCCUGCCUAGGAUAGGGACAUCCGCAGUGGGGCUAUUGCAUUGUUUUGGUUGGGAUAGAGAAGGGGCUCAGCUGAGGGGUCCUGCUGCCUGGCCUGUGACCAUUACAGUCUCAUAUUUUGUCUAACUUCCACUGAGAGAAGAAAAGGAGGAGUGAAGAGAGAGAAGAGGGUUUGUGGAUGCACUUAGAUGUUUGCAAUGAGCACUGUGGCUGGCAUGCCCCAGUGUUUUGGAUACCAAUGCAUAGGACUCCGUAGUAAUCGAAUUUAUCAGAAACGAACGUCAUGAGCAUAGUGAUCCCAUUGGGGGUUGACACAGCAGAUACUUCUUAUUUGGAAAUGGCUGCAGGCUCAGAACCAGAAUCUGUAGAAGCUAGCCCUGUGGUAGUUGAAAAAUCGAACAGUUAUCCGCACCAGUUGUAUACCAGCAGCUCGCAUUCACACAGUUACAUUGGUUUGCCCUAUGCAGACCAUAACUAUGGUGCUCGGCCGCCUCCAACGCCUCCAGCUUCUCCUCCUCCAUCAGUGCUUAUAAGCAAGAAUGAAGUAGGCAUAUUUACCACUCCCAACUUUGAUGAAACCUCCAGUGCUACUACCAUCAGUACGUCAGAGGAUGGAAGCUAUGGAACUGAUAUUACCAGAUGCAUUUGUGGCUUUACACAUGAUGACGGAUAUAUGAUCUGUUGUGACAAAUGCAGUGUCUGGCAGCACAUUGACUGCAUGGGGAUUGACAGGCAGCAUAUUCCUGACAUAUAUCUGUGUGAACGUUGUCAACCAAGGAGUUUAGAUAAAGAAAGGGCAGUGCUGUUGCAACGAAGGAAAAGGGAAAAUAUGUCAGAUGGGGAUACCAGUGCAACAGAGAGUGGUGAUGAGGUUCCUGUGGAACUGUAUACUGCUUUUCAACAUACACCAACUACAAUUACUUUAACUGCUACAAGAGUUACAAAAGUCAAUGAUAAGAAAAGGAAAAAAAGUGGAGAGAAAGAACAGAACAUAGCAAAAUGUAAAAAAGCAUUUCGAGAAGGAUCCAGGAAAUCUUCACGAGUAAAGCAUCACACCUUUUUGAAUGCUGUUUGUAUGUUUGGUUCUCUUGAUGCACAAAAUAAAUGUGAACAGGGCUCAGCUCCAGAGAUUGAUCCUACUGACAGUUCGAACUUUGGAUGGGAAACAAAAAUCAAGGCAUGGAUGGAUCGUUAUGAAGAAGCAAAUAAUAACCAAUACAGUGAGGGUGUCCAGAGGGAGGCACAAAAAAUAGCUCUGCGAUUAGGCAAUGGAAAUGACAAAAAAGAAGUCAGCACCAGCAAUCUGAUGUUCAAACCUCCAGUAGAGAGCUACGUGCAAAAAAACAAGAAAAUUUUAAAAGCUGCCAAAGACUUGCCUCCUGAUGCACUUAUUAUUGAAUACAGAGGGAAGUUCAUGCUGAGAGAACAGUUUGAAGCUAAUGGAUAUUUCUUUAAAAGGCCAUACCCAUUUGUUUUGUUUUAUUCCAAAUUCCAUGGGCUAGAAAUGUGUGUUGAUGCAAGGACUUUUGGAAAUGAAGCUCGAUUCAUCAGGCGUUCAUGUACGCCAAAUGCAGAGGUGAGGCAUGUAAUUGAAGAUGGAACAAUUCAUCUUUAUAUUUACUCCAUCCAUAACAUUCCAAAGGGAGCAGAGAUUACUAUAGCGUUUGAUUUCGAUUAUGGAAAUUGUAAAUACAAAGUGGAUUGUGCUUGCCUCAAAGAAAAUCCUGAAUGUCCAGUUCUCAGACGUUCUGAGCCUACAGAAAACAUCAAUACUGGAUAUGAAACCAGAAGGAAAAAAGGAAAGAAAGAGAAAGAUGUUUCAAGAGAAAGAGAGACUCAAAAUCAAAACAUCACGUUGGACUGUGAAGGAGCAGCCACCAAAAUAAAAAUUGCAGAUAAUAAACAAAGGAAGCUCUCUCCCCUCAGGCUGUCCAUUUCUAAUAACCAGGAGCCAGAUUUUAUUGAUGAUAUAGAAGAAAAAACUCCCAUUAGCAAUGAAGUAGAAAUGGAAUCAGAGGAGCAGAUUGCAGAAAGGAAAAGGAAGAUGACGAGAGAAGAACGGAAAAUGGAAGCUAUCCUGCAAGCUUUUGCCAGACUAGAAAAGAGAGAAAAAAGAAGAGAACAGGCUUUGGAAAGAAUCAGCACAGCAAAAACUGAGGUUAAAUCAGAAUGCAAGGAAGCACAGAUUCUCAAUGAUGCUGAAUUUAUUCAGGAACCAGCAAAAGAAGAAACUGCCACCAAGCCUACCCCAGCCAAAGUUAAUAGAGCUAAACAGAGAAAAAGCUUCUCACGGAGUAGAACUCACAUUGGACAACAACGCAGACGUCACAGAACUGUCAGCAUGUGUUCAGAUAUCCAGCCGUCUUCUCCUGACGUGGAAGUAACUUCACAACACAAUGAAACUGAGAAUACUGCACUGGUAGCUGAGCCUGAAGCAGAAACUGUUGUUACUGAAAUGGUUACUGAAAUGGAAGCUCCAGCACUUAAUAAAUGCCCUACUAAGUAUCCUAAAACAAAGAAGCACUUGGUCAGUGAAUGGUUAAGUGAAAAGAGUGAUAAAACAGGGAAGCCUACAGACAGUCUAUCGGAAAGGCCGCUACGCAUAACUACGGACCCUGAAGUUCUGGCUACUCAACUGAAUUCUUUACCAGGUCUCACUUACAGCCCACAUGUAUAUUCAACUCCAAAGCACUAUAUUCGUUUUACUUCACCAUUCCUUUCAGAAAAGAGGAGGAAAAAAGAACCUGUGGAAAACAUUACUGGCUCUUGUAAGAAGCGUUGGUUGAAGCAGGCUUUGGAAGAAGAAAAUUCAACGAUGAUUGAUAGAUUUAAUUCACCAUCACAAGAGAGAUCUAGAAGUCCAGCCAUCAAUGGUGAAAAUAAAAGUCCUUUAUUGCUGAAUGACAGCUGUUCUUUAACAGAUCUAACCACACCACUAAAAAAACGAAGACUCUAUCAGCUGCUGGAGUCUGCAUUCUCAGAAACCUCCACACCUACUCCUUCUCCAUAUGCCACACCGACUCAUGCUGACAUCACUGCCUCCGAGCCAUCAUUGUUUGCUACUCCUCCUAGGGUAAAAACGGAAGAUGAAGCUUGUAGAAAUGGUUACAAACCCAUCUAUUCGCCAGUUACUCCUGUAACUCCAUGUAUACAUGGAAAUACCAUGCACUUUGAGAAUAUUUCCUCACCUGACAGUUCCCCAGAAGUAAAAAGGCGAGCUUACAGUCAAGAGGGCUAUGACAGAGCAUCAAUUCUAGCGCUGAAUUCUUUCCGAAAUUCCAACCUGACAGAAAUGGGCCUGCAAGAAAUCAAGACUAUUGGAUAUUCCAGUCCAAGGAAUAGGACUGAUGUCACACGUCAGUGCACUGGAGAAAUGGAAUCUGUGUCAGACCUCCAGCUGGGACUCGAAGUAAUUGAGCAAAGUGCACUGCAUAAAAACCUGGAAGCCCCCCCACAUGAUAGGACUGAUUCAAACAGCCAAUUAGAAACUGCUCAUUGUGGACGGGGCACAAUUUAUUCUUCCUGGGUAAAAAGUCCCGACAGGACAGGUGUAAAUUUCUCAAUGAAUUCUAAUUUGAGGGACUUGACUCCUUCACAUCAGUUGGAGGUAGGAGGUGGAUUCAGAAUAAGUGAGUCAAAAUGCCUGAUUCAAGACGAUGCUAGAGGCAUGUUCAUGGAAGCAUCUGUUUUUUGUACUUCAGAAGAUGGAAUUGCAUCUGGCUUUGGAAGGACUGUCAAUAACGACAACUUGAUGGAUGGAAAUUGCACACCCCAGAAUCCUCCACAGAAGAAAAAGGUAUCCUUACUAGAAUACCGUAAGCGACAACGAGAAGCUAGAAAAAGUGGCUCAAAGACAGAGAACUUCCCCCUGGUUACUGUAUCUCCUCAUGCUGCUGCUGGAGGAAAUAUAAGUAGUAACAAUGGUGCUAAUGAUGGGUAUAACAACAGUGGUGAAAACGGGGAGCAGACUGAUAACGCUGCAAACCUGCCUGUACCACUGCCAACUACUGCUUAUAACGCAGCUCCAGAAGACACUGGCAACAACAGUGCGAUUAAGGAAUCGUCUUCCAGUGAGAAGAAUGAACCAGAAGUUCAGUGGACUGCAUCGACCUCUGUGGAACAAGUGAGAGAACGAAGUUACCAGAGAGCUUUGCUUCUCAGUGAUCACAGGAAAGACAAGGACAGUGGGGGAGAAUCACCUUGUAGCCCAUGCUCACUGUCUCAUGUUCAGUCUCCACCUUCACCUCAUACAAAUCUCAUUUCCCAGUUGCAGCUUUCAGUCCCUUCUUUCACUGAAUUUAUGGAAGAACCCGAUCCUGAAAAUCCAGAGCCUCCUUCUGAAUGUCCGUCCCCAGAUACUUCACAGAGGACUUGCAAGAGUCCGUCAAAAGCAAGCAAGCCCUCGUCACCGAGUCCUGUAGUUUCAACGCAGUCACUUGGGAAAACGCCCACAAAGCCGGAUUCGCACUGGGAACCUGCAGCUAAUGCCCCCGAGGCCGAAUGUGCCAAUCACCCCAAAUCCGAGGGGCCGCAAAAACAGCCGACAAACAACGUCCAAGCACUUUCAAAAACCCAUCCAUCUCAGCCACAUCCGCGCAGUUCUGCUGAGCAACUCUCCCAUUCACAGAAGUUGCCUUCCGCACCUUUGAAGCUGCAUUGCCCGCCUUCGCCCCACGUAGAGAAUCCCCCCAAGCCCUCGACCCCGCACGCGCCCGGGCAGCACGGUUACCUGUCACCAAAGCCCCACUCGCAGCAGCUGGGAUCUCCGUACAGACCUCACCACCCGCAGUCACCUCAGGUGGGAACGCCACAGAGGGAAACGCACCGCAACUUCUACCCGGCAGCCCCGACCCUUCAGCCCAGCAGCCAGCAGCAGGCCAGCGGCCCCCCCCUCUUCACUCAGACAACUUCAGGACAAUCUUCAGCUUCCUACAGCCAGUUUAACCAACAAAAUUUGAACAGCAAUGCGCCCCCUCCACCGCCCCCCCCACCUCCUUCUUCUACUUACUAUCAAAGCCAGCAGCCCUCUGGAAACUUUCAGAGCUACAGUCAGCUGAAGGGCAGCCUACCCCAGCAGACUGUCUUCUCAUCCGGACCAAACCAAGCACUUCCUGGCGCUGCAGGUCAGCAGACGGUGCCAGGACACCAUGUAACUGCAGGGCACUUCCUGCCCUCUCAGAACCCCACUAUUCAUCACCAGGCGUCGGCGUCUGCUGCUCCACCUCCUCCUCCACCACCCCCUGCUCCGGGACCUCACCUUGUACAGCAGCAAAGUACUCAUCAGCAGCACUCUGUAGCACACGUCGUCGGUCCAGUGCACGCCAUGGCUGUAGCUCCUGGAUCGCACAUCCAUUCUCAGGCUGCUGGUCACCAUUUGCCACCGCCACCUCCACCCCCAGGUCCUCUCCCCCACCACCAACCUCCCCACCCCCCAGCUGGACACCAAGGUUUGCAAGCACAACACCAGCACGUUGUAAACUCUGCACCACCUCCCCCACCGCCACCCCCCUCCAGCGUUAUGGGCUCUGGGCAUCACCCACCAUCAGCAGCACAAGGGUUACACCACCCAUCCCACCAAGGACCCCCCCAUUUCCCUUCCACCGCUCACACGAGUGUCUCGUCCUAUUCCUCGCCAGCCCCGCAUCACACGACGUUAGGACCUGGACCUCAACAUCAGCCUGCUGGAACGGGACCGCACUGCCCGCUCCCCGGGCAGGGUCCCCACAUCCAACCUCAAGGACCAAACAGUAUUGCCACGGCCACUGCCUCGGGGUUCUGCGCGCACCCCGGGGCUGUGCCGCUCCCCCACGUGCAGGGGCAGCAGCAGGCCUCACCCCUGCCCGGCCAGCUCCCCAUCCACAGAGCACAGGUGCCACCCACCUUCCAGAACAACUACCAUGGGUCAGGGUGGCACUGACGAACCAGCUUCCCCAGCCUAAACAUUUUUACAAUGUUGUGUAAGAUAAACUGUGUAUAUUUCCUCUGUACCUGCGGAAGGUACUUUUUAAAGCUUGUACAUGAGACUUUGUAUAAAAGCGAACACCAGUGCUCCUCCUGCGUUGUAUUCUUUCCAUUUUUUGCUUUCUACAAUUCCGGAAGACGUGCUGUUAUAAGCCAGUAUUAGGUAUUUCUUUUGAUUUUGUAAGUGGACAUUCCAGCUGUUUUUUCGGGCAGUAGGUUUGAUGCUGCAUAAUCUUUAAAAGUUUUAUUGUUGCAGUUAAAUUCAUUUAGUGAAUGUUUUCUAUAUUACUUUUAUACAUAUGUAAUUAAAUAAGUACACAGGCUCAGUGAUGGCACUAACAACGUUUCCCCCCCUCCCCCCAUUUUCUUCUGUCAGCAGUUCUCUGUGUGCAUAGCGCUAGGAAACAAGGCAAUACAGAUUUUUCUAGUUUUGGUGUGGACAUGGCUUUUUGUUUCAUCAGUUAUUUGCAGAAAUUGUAAUUUAAUGUAUAGACUGUUUCUAAUGUCCCUGACGAGUGCUGUAAAUACUGUAUUUCUUUGGCUUGUAAAAUGGCUUAAAGCUGCUUUCAUUUGAUAUAGUAUUGUAUAUAAUAAGUCUCUUUUUUGCAAAAAAAAAAAAAAAGAAAAAGUGUGAUCUUUGUGAGAGUAGUACAGUAUAUGAUCUUUAAUUUUUUUUAAUAUACUGUCACAUUGCAGCACUGGUUGGGCAUUUUAAUUCAUGUUAAUAAAUCACAAUUAUGUCAGUUUUAA